AUUGAUUUGCAAAUAUCAGAUUAUAUGUCAAAUUGGGAUUUUUCUUAUUGUGAUUGUAUAUUGCUCAUGAUUCAGGAUUUUCAAGGAAAAUUGGGAUUCAUUUGGGAUGGUUCUAAAGACAGUCUGAAUGUCUUAUUAUUUUUCUGUCCUGGGAAUUUAUUAUUCUAUAGCUGCCUACACUCCAUCUUAUACAUUUUUGCUGUGAGGCACGUGAAUUCUGUGCUAAAUUGAAUGGGCAAGUCAAAUUUUGGGGGGCAUUCAAAUUUCAGAAGAACUGUAAUCUAUGCUCAUCAAAAAAUUUUGGGGGCCAUCUGAAAUGACUCUUGGGCUACCUGCUCGUUUGAAUGGCUGCAUUUUGAAAGUUUUUGUUGUCCUGUAUUAGAAAAUUGUCUAGGACAUUGUUUGCAAAGUCAAAUUUUCCAUUAUCUAAUGAAGGGAAGUGCAAUGUCUGCACCUAAACUAGAAUUGCGGGUAGGGCCAUGGAGGUGUGUAAUGUGGAAGGUAAAAUGGUGUAGCUGUUAAUGGGUUUUACUGAUAUUUCCAUUAUGGCUACUAUGAUAAAAGUGUCUUUUAUAUAUUCAUCUUACCAGGAGUUUGAGACUCUUCAGAGUGGAUUAGAAAAGAAAUCAUCUAUGUCAUCAUCACCUGGUGAAGCUGAAUUUAUUGGCCUUCAGGUGAGAGAAAUGUUUGAGGCUGGUUUUCAGAAGUGGUGAAGUGGUACUCAGCAUCAUAAUAAUAUUGAAGCUGUAUAAAGAGCGCCUACGACCCUUUGAAAAUAAAAAAUCAGAGUUGUAUUAUGCAGAAUCAUUAUGCCCACAGACUAUAAAAAGAAGAGAAUCAGAAUGUCUCCAUUUUCUUUCAUUGUGCCCUGUGAGUCUCUGACUUAUGAGAAUAGCAGAUUGUUUGUAUCUGUUAAGUAUAACAUGUGGAAAAGAUUAUUAUUAUUAUUCAUUCAAAAUAUUUCUCCGUUUCUGAUUGGCUCAACUACACUGGCUAAUUCUUCAAAACAAGCUAGUGUUGAACAAAUUUGGAAGAGGAUUGUGAUAUCUGAAAUGAGUUCAAACAUGCAAGGUAGCUGGAGAAUAAGGCAGUCAGCAACCAAGAAGCCCUGGGGACUUCACUUUACUGUGGGCAACCCUUCAUGUAAAGACUGCUGUUGAAUUUUCAAUGAACGUUUAGGCUAUGUUUACACUUUACCGGAUACCUUUUCAUUCCGACACAAAGGACUGCCUGGUAUAAUAUUAUAUAGAUUUAGCCAGGGCUAAAAGCAAAGCUCUGGUUGAUAUACUUAUAAACAAAAAAAUAAAUUGUGUAAUUCUAAAAGGGGACGGCAAUGAGAAUGGCAUCAAAAUCAAUAGAUCUAAUAGCAAAAAAAGUAAAUUUGCUUGUGUAGCUCUGAUUAGCAAAAACAACAAAUUUGCACGUGCAGCACAUUUUUCUGUACAUUUCUUUGCCAUUGUUGUCGACUAAAACGUGAAACUUCCUACUUACAAGUCAUUUGUGUCAAGGAGGAAUUGUCGUUUGUACUCACCAAAAAUUUUGUUGCUUGUGUUCCGUUCGCUUUUAAUUUUUUCACUGCCGCUCAUUUUCACCUUGCUGGCCGCUAGCAUUUCUCAUUUUCGCACCGCUGCUAUGACAUUUUCAUUUUUUUCUUGCAAUGAAAUUCGUCUCCUUUGUCUGCAAUCACUCGCUCUAACUAUUUCUCUGUUACCCACGUGAGUGUACACAUCAAAAAUAAUGUCGAAAAAGACACGACUUUGUUGUUGUUUUUUCUCUCUAAAAGUCCUGCGGCCAUGCGUUUUCCUGCCAAAUAAAACCUUGAGUUGCAUUUGGGUUGCCAUACCUGUUGUUUGAGUUUUUUUUACAUUGGUGUGCCUGUGCUGCGGACGGAUGGGCGGUCGGGCUGGUGGACCUACUGUCAUGUGACUACCAAAAUUUCUCGGUUGCACAGGUAACCGAAUUUUCUUACUCAUGGUGCUCCGCUGCGCGUGCUUCGCGCGCGAGAGAGCUCCGCUAUGAACACCUAUCCGAUAUGUCACUCUCCACUUUAGAAUUAGAUCUAUCGGCGUUUUUCGCGCCUUAUCGCGUUCUUAUGUGUGAAUAGAAGCCGUAUGCGGUUUAGUUUUCGUGCCGGCGGAAAAGCUAUCUGAUAUAUUACAUGUAAGCGUUGCCUUAAUCUCGGUGACAUAGCCUUGUUAACAUUAGUUGCUCUUUUUGAGAAUUCCAGGAGAGUUACUGGAAAAUGGUUGAAGAAGAAUUUCCACGCUGGAUGGCAAGAAAUGAAUCUAGCAGCAAAAAAGAAUACAAGAAAAGCCAUUGAUGCAGUUUGAAGCUCUUCAGUUUCUGAUGACUCUGGUAAGCGAACAGCUUUCCUCAGCGACCUUGAACCUAAUCGAUUGCAUUCCCGCUAAAACUCCUGAAAUUGCAUUUUCCUGUGGACAUCAAUCAUUUAUAGUGACGACGGGAUUUACCAACUGGUCGCCUUUUGUGGUAGAAGCUUAAUUAGUUAUCGAAAAAGGGAAAAACGAUUUAAGAGCACAACUGACUACUGCCCCUGGGAGCUCCGAAGAUGGAUGAGAGGCGACUGUAUUCCCAGCCAGGCUAAGAACUCCUGACUAUUUGUUAUUUCAUGUAUAUAUGCACCUAGUGUAGGCUCAUGGUAAUCUCAUCAACACGUCUAAGGUAUUGAGCUUACAAAGACUGCUUGCAGUCCGCCUUUUCUCUUAAAUCCGUCUAGUUCUUGAUCUCAUCCAGCGCGAUUGCAAACCGCGUACUUAGGUUUUGCGCGUUGUAACUUUGCAAAGAAAAAUAAGAGACUGCUCGCAGUCUACUGUUUAUGGACAUUUGAAGGACUUGAAGUACUGGCAUGAACGCUAUCAAUCGUGGGAACAGUCGGAACACUGUCGUUAGGUUCGUCAUUGAAGCUGUCUUAUACCUUUCGAAAUUUUACUUUAUCUGCCUUG